AUGGCACACAAAGCAGCAUUAUCCCUCGAAAUAGCUGUAUGUUUUAUACCCAAGUUUAACAGGGAAUGUCCACAGGAGGUGUACCCAUUUUUAAGUACGUAUGACUUUGUUUCGAAAACAGUUAGUGACGAUAGUCGUCAUAUUCUUCUUCAAGCAAUUUUAACUAAGUUGGCGGGAAAAUCUUUCGCAGUGUUACAACACCGAGAGAUGAAGUCAUGGGAAGUAUUGAAAAGCCUAUUAGAAAUGACAUUUUGUGCAAAAUGGACACCAAGUUAUUUACAAAUGGAAUUAAUCACAACCAAACACAAAAUCGGGGAAACUGUUCAAAAAUAUUCUUCAAGAGUAGAGGAACUUUUAUAUGAACUGUGA